AUGUCUGACAAUCAGGCGCUCCUCUUAAAGAUCAGCGAAGUCGCUGGUUAGUGACUAUUACCCUGAUCCGCCUCGCUUGGCCUCUUGGUCGAUUGGGAAAUGUACUGACGAGCUGAACAAUCAGGCAAAAUAAAUCGACACAAGAAUCAGACGGAACAGUUAGCUGCUCCUGCCUAUGGGGGAUCGCACUUUCCGCAACGAGCAUCCCCAUAUCCUACUAACCGUAUGCGACCGCUUUAUUAUUACCACUCCGUAGUUGCUGACACUUCCAUAUUCUUUGGUGGAGGCUUAAUCAACAACGAUAGCUCCGUAUGCUAACGAGCCAGAUAGAAUCUCUAAGAGGAAGAGGAGGAUGGACUCCUCCGCAUCACCAUCAACAUUACCACCCUAGGGGAGUUGCCGCCCGUAGGGCUAGAGGUCGGGCUUCUUGGCCCGGCCCCCCUGUUACUCAUCAUCAUAAAACUUUGGUGAUCAAUAACAAUAAAGCCACUGAUGGGAGUGCUGCUACUCCAACUACAAAUACGUUUGCUUCAACUUCCUAUGUAGAGAAUAUGCCCCCCAACCCACCGGGACAAGUUUUACCACAAAGCAAUGACAGUACAACACAGUCUGCAGAAGGAUGGGUGGCGAAGCGUGACAGACACAUGCAGUUGAUCAACACUGCAGUCUAUGAUCAGCACGCCCAGGCCAGGGCCAGAGAUCUUGAGAAGACUCGCCAGACCCAAUUAAUGAGGAAAGAAGAAAGAGAAAAACAAAAGCUCAGGGGUUACUUGGACAGGUCCCGCGAUGCUGCUUCACAGGCACCGUUUGAAGUCCUCGUCCAGGGUGAGCGGUACAAGGUCGCUGCUGCCGGUAGCAAACUGAUCAAGAUUUCUGGUGAGGAACAAGAUAAACUGGGGUUGGAUGGGGAACAAGGAGUGUGUUUAACAGGUUCGAUGUUGCAAGCAGAUGGUCCACAAAAUGCAAAAUCCACCCCCAAGAAAGCGGUUGUUGGUGGUGUUAAUUUUGUGCGAAGCAAGAACGGAAACCUUUGGCGCGUUGGACUAGUAAAAGCAUCACAGUGAGUAUCGAGCUCUGGCCCUAUUGUUUUGCUAACGUUAUCAUCCGCGUGGCUGACAGGGGACGCUUCCUCAUCGUCUCCGACAGCGAGUUUAGCAGACCUCGCCAUAUCAAGAAGCCCUGCAAAUACUAUUCAAAUACUGGUAGCGACCAAUUCCCUCCAAUCGAUUUCAUUCUUGCUCUUGCAGCGUAUUGCAAUGAUAUGCAGAGCUCAAGCCGCUUCUCCCCCCCUCUUACCCUGCAAUGCUAUUUCUAUUGGAUAAAAUUGAAGAUGUUAUACUAACAAAGCACUCCUAACCACUUACCAUAGGUAAAUGUAAGAACGGGAUGUCAUGCCUCUACGCUCAUGACCCCAACAAGGUCGCCAUAUGCCCUCGAUUUAUCCAAGCAAAUUCAUGCCCGGAGGGGGAUUCCUGCGACCUUUCUCACACGCCCAGCCCACACUGUAUGCCUACAUGCGUCCACUUUCUCCGUGGCAAUUGUUCCAACGAUAAGUGCCCUUUUGCGCACGUCAAGGUUAACCCAGCUGCUCCCAUCUGCCGUCCCUUCGCCACAUUGGGGUACUGCGACAAGGGCGCAGGGUGUACAGAACGACACGUACGCGAGUGCCCUGACUUUGAUGAGAAGGGGGUAUGCACGGAUAAGACUUGUAAGCUGCAGCAUGUUGAGAGGGCCGGGCGGAGGCGAGUGGCAGCAGCUCAAGCAGCCGCGAAAGCCCAAGGAUCCGGUAACGGCUACAACAACAUGGACUCUGAUAGUGACAUUAGCAGUGAAGGUGACGGAGAGGCGAUCGAUAGUGACGAUGUCGACUCGGACACACUCAGUGAAUAUGAUUACAUCCGUAGGGAUAAUCAAGACUCCGAAGACAUUGGCGAGAUCACGAUGCAAGAGGAUUUCAUCCAUCUUCCAAGGAGCUAAGAAAAACAUACAGUUCUGUUAUAAUACAGCCUAUAGAAAGGGCUUGACUAACUUUGCAGACUUCCAUCGUAUUGCGCAUUAUCCCGAGUUCCUACACCUCCGCCUCGGGCUAUUUUUCAUGCUUUUUUCCACCCCUCUCUCCCGCUUUUCUUCUUUGCUACCUUUUGUGCCACAAGUUAUAGUUGUCGAUUCCCUCUUAUCUCUUUCUUUAUUGUACAGCAUUUUUGUCUCACGAGUCUUCCAUUUUCUUUUUAGGAAGACAUAUCCAACAACACCACGUUUGGUGUACCAGUGGGAGGCUGCUCUGAUUUGAUUCCGUUUUUCGUUCCGCUUCUUUGCGAGCGACCUAUCUUUCUUUUUCUUUCCUGUUUUUCUUUAAAAAAAAAAAUCUCUAGCUAUCGUAUUGAUUGAUGUAUCCCGGACCCACUCUCUAUCUCGUUUUCGUCCACCCUCUUAUACCCAGUUCUCGGAUCAGUUCCCUAUGUCUGUCUUUUUUUUUUUUAGCAUCACCAUCACCGUCAUCAUUGCACAGCAUAACGGUGCGGUUCGAAGGUCCUUCACCGAGCAAGCCGCCCCCCGUGGCUACACCAUCCAUACGCGAGAGCGGGGGGAUGCACAAAAGGACAUAGGCCAUGCUUUGUUUUGUUUUUUCUACUUUCGUUUAGCUUUCUUACUUUGUUGUCCACCAGUUUCUCUCAUCUUUGCCUCUCACUUUCGCUUCUCUGCCUGCCCUUCCCUUCCCACAUUGCUUGAUUCGCAUGUCAUGGAGGGGCGGGGUCAGCGCGGGGUAUCUAUUGGUUGUUGGCACAUCGACCGAUGAGAGCGAGCGACACGUGUGUCGACGAACGACAACGAUGGAUACCUUGUGUGUGGGUAACACAAAGCCAUUCAUCCACCUCUGCUACACCUUACCCGGUUUUUAUUUUGUUCUCGGUCGGCUUCUCUCACUCACAGCUUUUACCACAAACAGAAAAAAUAGGAGUGGAAUACGAAGGGGGACUUUUAGGGGAAGGAGGAAAGCAGGGGGAGGGUGGGUAACAGGGAGGCGAUGGAAAAACGUCCACAUUAAUGGUGGGUUUUGGAGGAAGGCUGUUCACUGUGAGUCUACAUAGACGAAACGGAGAUUGAGUUGGGUUGCGAUUCGAAAAAAAAUUAAAGGCCAAAAAAAAGGUUAAAAGGGGGACGCGAUAGUCUACGAUAGGAUAGGGAAUAAACAGAAACUUGUAUCAUUUACAAUACAGCAGGUCUAGAAAUAAAUGGCUUCACCCGUUGCAAAUACUUUAUUUGGCGAUUUUUAAAUGCCACUCUCCCUUUGAGGUAUCAGUAGUUUUGCGUUCAUCACUCAACAACAUCAUACAGCAGCAACAUGGAAAUCUAACUUAUGAGCUGCAUUACCGACAAAGAAUCCCGACAGCAACAGGUUUCACCAGAAACACUGCACUAUAUCUCAUUCCCGAUAUCCCAAGUCCACAAGAUGAGCUCAUGUCAUGACACAGCGUAGGCUCGUUUACUGUUUACUGUACUUGUACAGGACUCGAGUACAGUACAUACGGCAGUGUUACAGGCGACAUGAAUCAGCCCAACCGCAGUUACUUCCACACCACAACAUCCCACCACCACCACUCAUCCGUCCAUCCCAUCCAUCGCAACUUGUACCACAAUGAACAACUGUACUGUACGAGUACAAACCAGACCAAAACAUCCC